AUGGACGAUGCUAGGAUAUUUUUGAUUGUUGGCAUAGAUCUUCACAAGAAGCUGAGAGUGGAUGGAAGCAUUUGGGAUUCAGAGCUCCCUACUUGGCUGACCCCAAAUCUGAUAAACUUUUCUGGCUUUCUGCUGGCUGUGUUCAAUUUUCUGCAUAUGGCAUACUUUGAUCCUGACUUUUAUGCUUCAGUACCAGGUCACAAGCAUGUACCUGAUUGGGUUUGGAUUGUAGUGGGCAUCCUCAACUUCGUAGCCUGCACUCUAGAUGGUGUGGAUGGAAAGCAAGCCUGUAGAACCAAUUCCAGCACCCCAUUAGGGGAGCUUUUUGACCAUGGCCUGGAUAGUUGGUCAUGUGUUUACUUUGUUGUAACUCUGUAUUCCAUUUUUGGAUGAGGAUCAUCUGGUGUCAAUGUUUUUGUUCUUUAUCUCCUGCUAUGGGUAGUUUUAUUUUCUUUCAUCCUGUCCCACUGGGAAAAGUAUAACACAGGGAUUCUUUUCCUGCCAUGGGGAUAUGACGUUAGCCAGGUGACUAUUUCUUUUGUCUACAUAGUGACUGCGAUUGUGGGAGUUGAGGCCUGGUAUGAACCUUUCCUGUUUAAUUUCUUUUAUAGAGACCUAUUCACUGCAAUGAUCAUUGGUUGUGCAUUAUGCGUGACUCUUCCAAUGAGUUUAUUAAACUUUUUCAGAAGCUAUAAAAAUAACACCUUGAAACACAAUUCAGUCUAUGAAGCUGAUGCUAGUGACCCAAGCCUAGCUGAUAAAAAAGGACCAUGUGAAGAUGCUGAGGUUUGGGAUCCUACCCACAUCCACGAGUUUAUUCAACUUCAUGAAUAUGAACUUGGUAAAGUUGAUGUCUUCUUCAAAAUUCAAAAAAGUGACAGUGCUAAAGCAUAUUUUGGACCUGGGAAAUUCAAUUUACCAGGCAAUUUUAGAACAGUCAUUAGAAGGUCCGGCCUUCAGGUGUUUGGAGCUCAGCUGAGGAUGUGGGUCCCGGCCAUGAGGCUGAACAGCCCUGGGGUGUGGGAGGACAAAGGGAUCCAAGUCGUGUCUUUCCUGCUUUGGGAAUCAGUGUCCGGCUGUCUGAUGAAGAAGAGAGAUGGGCACCUGGUGUCCCUCCUGGCCCCAUGGAACAUCAGAGAAGGUAUGGACUCUGAGCCGCAGAAGCAGGAUCCAGUAGAGAAGAACCAAGUGUGCUGUUGA